AUGGCGACGGGGGAGGAGGGCGCCGGCUCUGACCUCGGCCUCGCCGAGGCCACCCAGGGGUUCUUGUUGGAUGCGAGGGCUUACUGGGUGACAAGAUCCUUGAUUGCAUGGGAUGUCAGUGAUCAGGAAACUUCUCUCUUCUUAUAUGCAAGCAGAAAUGCUACAAUGUGCAUGUCAAGUGGGGUUAUUGAAGGUUAUGAUUCCAAAGUUGAGCUGCAACCAGAAAAUGACGGACUUCCAUCCAGUGUGACCCAGAAAUUCACUUUUAUCAGCUCUUAUAGAGCCUUUAGAAUUCCGAGCUCUGUUGAUGUUGCCACCUUGGUGAAAUGUCAACUUGCUGUUGCUUCUUUUGAUGCUCAUGGGAACAGGCAAGAUGUUACUGGGUUGCAACUACCUGGAGUAUUGGAUGACAUGUUCGCCUACACUGGACCACUUGGUACUAUUUUUAGUGAGGAAGCUGUGAGUAUGUACCUAUGGGCUCCUACAGCACAGGAUGUAUGUGUGAACUUCUAUGAUGGUCCAGCUGGCCCUUUACUGGAAACAGUUCAACUCAACGAGUCAAAUGGUGUUUGGAGUGUUACUGGUCCAAGAAACUGGGAGAACCGGUAUUAUCUAUAUGAAGUCACAGUAUAUCAUCCAGCUACAGCAAACAUUGAGAAAUGUUUAGCCACUGAUCCUUAUGCUAGAGGGCUUUCUGCAAAUAGCACAAGGACUUGGUUGGUUGAUAUUAAUAAUGAAACAUUAAAGCCACUUGCCUGGGAUGGAUUGGCGGCUGAAAAGCCAAAGCUUGAUUCCUUCUCUGACAUAAGCAUAUAUGAAUUGCACAUUCGUGAUUUCAGUGCCCAUGAUAGCACAGUGGACUGCAAUUUUCGAGGAGGAUUCUGUGCAUUUACAUGUCAGGAUUCUGCAGGCAUAGAACACCUAAAGAAACUAUCUGAUGCCGGUUUGACUCAUCUCCAUUUGUUGCCAAGCUUUCAGUUUGGUGGUGUUGAUGACAUAAAGAACAAUUGGAAAUGUGUUGAUGAGGCUGAACUGUCAAAACUCCCUCCAGGAUCAGAUUUGCAACAAGCUGCAAUUGUGGCUAUUCAGGAAGAGGACCCUUAUAAUUGGGGGUAUAAUCCUGUGCUUUGGGGGGUUCCGAAAGGAAGCUAUGCAAGUAACCCAGAUGGUCCAAGUCGUAUCAUUGAGUACCGACAGAUGGUGCAGGCCUUGAAUCGCCUAGGUCUUCGAGUUGUCAUGGAUGUUGUAUACAAUCAUCUAUACUCAAGUGGCCCUUUUGCCAUCACUUCCGUGCUUGACAAGAUCGUACCUGGAUACUACCUUAGAAGGGACUCUAAUGGUCAGAUUGAGAACAGCGCAGCUGUGAACAAUACAGCAAGUGAGCAGUUCAUGGUUGAUAGAUUAAUCGUGGAUGACCUUCUGAAUUGGGCAGUAAAUUACAAAGUUGAUGGGUUCAGAUUUGAUCUAAUGGGACAUAUCAUGAAAAAGACAAUGAUUAGAGCAAAAUCGGCUCUUCAAAGCCUUACAAUUGAUGAGCAUGGAGUAGAUGGUUCAAAGAUAUACUUGUAUGGUGAAGGAUGGGACUUCGGUGAAGUUGCGCAAAAUCAACGUGGGAUAAAUGGAUCCCAGCUUAAUAUGAGUGGCACUGGGAUUGGUAGUUUCAACGAUAGAAUCCGUGAUGCUAUAAAUGGUGGCAGUCCAUUUGGGAAUCCACUACAACAAGGUUUCUCUACUGGAUUGUUCUUAGAG